AUGUAUGCUCUAAUACCUCGAACUUUGCUUUCCUCUAAUCCUCACUUUGCAGAUUUCUACCAUCAAUUAACGACGCAGCACAUUGCUUCUGAUGGAACGACAAAGUCAUUAGCUGAAGAAGCUAAAAAGGCACGCAAAUGCACUCAAGAGGUUUAUUUUAAAGACAAAAUUGAGUAUUUAGAGAAUUUAGCCUUAUACAAUGAACUACAAAUUUUGGCAAUGCAAGGAGAAGAGAAAGCAGAAAAUACAGGACUAACUCAUAACAAGAAGACAUUACUAGCUUUAGAUCAAGUUCUUUCGUAUUCUGAGAUUAAACAACAUUGGACUUUGAGCUCUGCAUUUCAAGAUUCCGAUAUAACUUUACUUGGUUUGCAAGAGGAAGAUUUAUGUAUGCCAAUUGAAGAUUAUUUGCGUGAUUUCAGCAUUCUCAUGCAGAUAUCUAAAGAAGAAAUAUUAUCUACGGUUGAAAAUCAAUUAAUCAAGAAAUGCGAGGAAAUAGCUAAAUUUUACUAUAAAGAAGAGUCGAAUAAGAAGCUUUUAUUUGCGAAAGCGAUACAACUAAAUAAAGUUGUAAGUUCUCGGACCGAAAAUCUACGCUCUGUGAAUUUAGACGCGUUAAAUGAUAAAAAUCGCUUAGCCGAGCUUCUCGCAGAUUAUCUGAAGGUAAUUAGUGAGAUUUUGAUAGAUCUCUGGACCAUGUUAGAAGAGUUCAAGUAUCGUAAUGAGUUUGAGAAAAACACUAUUUUCGAUGAUUAUUUUUCGAGUAUUGUAAAGAGUAUUCUUUUGAAAUUAAGGGUUCUUAGGAUAAAUGCUUUGAUGACCAUCUAUGAUCAAGACACAAAUGAGGCACUUAAAUCUAUUCGUGAUCAUUUACGUAUUGAGGAGAAGGAGAAAAGUAAGUUAUUGCGGGAAUUAAACACGAAACUCGCAGAUUAUCAGAGCAUUGGUGGAGAAUUUGAAAAAGUGGUACAAGAAUAUGCUGAAGUAAUCAAAGAAAUUGAAGUGACCGAAGAUGAUAUUCGCAGAAUAACCGAGUAG